UGAAGCCAAGCCCCCGACCUCGCUUGUCUCCGAGCUAGUGACGAGCUUCAAUCCGCUUUUGAUUAACAUCUUCCGUUCGUUCUGCAAAAUUUGAGUUUGUUAGGAGAGAUUCAUCGUCUCCUGUUGAUUUGAGGUACCGAUCUAGGUUGCACACAUUUUUAUAUGUGAUUUCGGUUUAUUGAUUUUCUUUCAAAGCAACAGUGCAAGAAUUCGAGAAUCAGCUGUGAUUCAUCGCUCAACGAUUCACUGCUUUGCACAAAUCUGUUCGUUAAAAUAAGGUUUAUGAAAAGGUUUGAGCGUUCGAGAAGACCUAUGCUUUCAUUUAGGAGAAAUUUGGCUGAUGCCACUGAUUACGUGAUCAGUGAUUCUUUUAUAGAAAUGGUUCAUUAAUUACGUUUUUUUGUUUGUUUCUUUUCAGAUAGAGAUGAGAGAACUUGAAAAUUAGUAUGUGCGGCUUAUACUUUUCAAUUUAGUCACUGACUGUUUAAUUUUUAAAUUCUGUGAUAUAGAUCACCUUGUUGCAUGUGUGAAUGAACUUUUGAAGACUUUUACUGGUGUAAAUAGUACAUGAAGAGAUUUUAUGCCCAGUUUUGUCACUUUGGUUCAUAUUUGAAUUUUUAAAACUUGUACGGUCAGUUGCACAAAUUGAAAAGGAAUCCUUUAUAUUGAGAGAAUACUUUGUUUGUAUGGAAUAUGUUGCACUUCAUUUUGCAUUAGUCGUGACGGAAAAUAAUCUGUACAUCAUGUUACAAUGAUGUUAUUCGUAACAUUUGGAUAAAAAUUUAUUAUUGCUCUAUCAAUGAUUGAAAUUCAGUGAAUCAAUACAUUAAUGACUGCUAGACUGUUUGUUCUCCUUGCUUGAUAGACAAAUUUUGACUUUCCACAAUGACUAGUAGUCUAAUAGUAAUAGCUGUUUCGAAGUUUCUAUGCAGAUUUUUUCUCUAUUUCAUGCGGCUCAAAAAUUAUAACGGUCACUUUGAUAUUAGCUACUAGUUUUUUGUUCUCUCCAGUUGUCAAGAUACAGGCUCGGUCAUGGAUUCAUUCACUUUGAAGUCCGUGUCAGAUUUGCCUGCUCCUUUUCGUUCAGUUUUUAGUUUCAGGUAUUUUAACUCACUGCAGAGUGAAUGCUUUCCAGUUUGUUAUCACUCCAAUGUAAACAUGAUAAUAUCAGCACCAACUGGAAGUGGUAAAACAGUGUUGUUUGAGCUUUGCAUUUUGAGGCUUCUUUUGAGAUUUAUCUCAGCGGAGGGAAGAUUCGUCCAUAUACGGGGAACACUCAAAACAAUCUACAUAGCACCUUCUAAGGCUUUAGUACAGGAGAAGGUCCGUGACUGGAACCAGAAGUUUGGGUCAUGGGGUAUAAAUUGCCUGGAGCUGACUGGUGACAAUGAAGUUUACAAUGCAAGGAAUAUACACGAUGCAGACAUUAUCCUCACCACUCCUGAGAAGUUUGAUGCUGUGAGUCGAUAUCGUAUAGAGAAUGGAGGCUUGAGCUUUUUCAGUGACAUAGCGCUUCUGCUUAUUGAUGAAGUUCACAUACUGAAUGAUCCACGUGGAGCAGCUUUGGAGGCAAUUGUUAGCAGAAUCAAAAUGCUUGCUUGCAAUCCCGAAAUGAAGUCAAGUCCUUUGGCUUCUGUCCGUCUUCUGGCUGUGUCAGCUACAAUUCCAAAUAUUGAGGAUCUUGCGGAAUGGCUUAGGGUUCCUGUGCAAGGAAUUAAGAGGUUUGGGGAGGAAAUGAGACCUGUCAAGUUGACCACCAAAGUUUUCGGAUACAGUGCCGCCAAAAAUGACUUUCUAUUUGAAAAGCGCCUUCAAAACUAUAUUUUUGAUAUUCUGAUGCAAUAUUCAAGAGGGAAAGCUGCUCUGGUGUUUUGCGCAACUAGAAAAGGAGCACAAGAAGCAGCUCAGCGACUCACUCAGAUAACAAUGAGCUUUGGUUAUUCAAAUCCAUUCAUUAAAGACAGAGAGCAGCAGGAAAGGCUAAGGGAAGCCUCACUAUUAUGCAGUGACAAACAAAUGCAGUCUUAUAUCCUUUAUGGUGUUGGUUAUCACAAUGGUGGGCUUUGCCUUAAGGAUCGGAAUCUUAUUGAAGGCCUUUUUCUUAAGGGUGAUGUUCAAAUUCUGUGUACUACGAAUACUCUUGCCCAUGGAAUCAACCUACCGGCUCAUACUGUUGUCAUAAAAUCAACCCAGCACUUCAACAAGGAAAAAGGUCUCUACAUGGAAUAUGACCGAUCCACUAUACUACAGAUGUGCGGUAGGGCAGGUCGGCCACCAUUUGAUGAUACAGGAAUGGUUAUAAUCAUGACAAGAAGAGAAACAGUCCAUCUCUAUGAGAAUCUCUUGAAUGGAUGCGAAAUGGUGGAGUCACAAUUGCUUUCAUGUGUGACAGAGCACUUAACUGCUGAGAUAGUUCAACUUACUGUCUCUGAUAUUACACGUGCAAUUGAGUGGAUGAAGUGCUCAUACUUGUAUGUGAGGAUGCAAAAGAACCCUGAGAAUUAUGCAGUCAGAAAAGAAAUUUCAAGAGACCGAAUAGAGAAGCAUAUGCAAGAGAUUUGUGUUCAGAAAGUUAAUGAAUUAUCACAGCAUCAAAUGAUCUGGACUGAUGAAGAUGGUUUCCUCUUAAAGCCCUUAGAGCCAGGGAAGCUGAUGACCAAAUAUUAUUUGAAGUUCAACACAAUGAAAAACAUUAUGCAGACCCCCAUAAACUGCAGUUUGGAAGAUGCACUUCUUGUCAUAUGCCAAGCUGAGGAAAUUUCUUGGAUACAGCUUAGGCGCAAUGAGAAGAAACUUCUAAAUGAAAUAAACAUAGAUAAAAAUGGCCGGCUACGCUUCCACAUAAAUGGUGACAAGGGGAAACGGAAAAUACGUAUUCAAACUAGAGAAGAGAAGAUAUUUGUUCUGGUGAAUGACUGCUUGACAGGAGAUCCUUCAGUUCAUGAUUUAUCCCUAACUCAGGACAUGAAUUCUACAUGCGCAAAUGGGUGUCGAAUAGCUAAGUGCAUGAAAGAGUAUUUUAUAUACAAGAAGAACUACAGAGGAACAGUGAACUCCAGUUCUCUAGCCAAAUCGUUGCACCAGAAACUCUGGGAUGACAGUCCAUACUUGCUUAAACAAUUGCCUGGUAUUGGAACGGUUACUGCAAAGGCACUACAUUCCAUGGGGAUUACAUCAUUUGAGAUGCUAGCUGAAGCUGAUCCAAGGAGGAUAGAAAUAGUCACUGGGCGAAAAUUCCCAUUUGGGAAUCAUAUCAAAGAGUCUUUGCAAUCAUUACCUCCAAAAGUUGAUAUGCAGAUGGAGGAAAUUGAAUGCCAGAGGCAAGGAAAGGCUAAGCUGGUCCUAACAUUGACUAGGCUUUCACAAUCCCUUCAGUCAACUAGACGACAUUACGCGGAUAUGAUUGUUGGGCUGGAAGAAGAUAACCUGAUUUUAUUUCAUGAGAAAAUAAGGGUGGACGAGUUCGCAAGCCCCUACAGUACGACAGUUCUUGUGCCAAAUGUUCAACAAAGGAGGCUGACGGUUAGGGCUGAUCUUGUUUUUGAAGAAUACAUUGGUAUUGAUCUUCAACAAAAUCUUCUAGUGAUGAAUAAGUGCAACCCAAGCAUGAAUGAAAUACUUCGAAAAAAGCAGCGCUCUCUUGUUCCGCCACCUGAGGAGGUAUGUGUUAUAGAAGACGAUAGUGAGCUGGUAUCUCAAGCACUGAUUAAAAGGAGAAACGGUUCAAUGCCCAGUUUCAAACUCCUUGACGAAGAACUAGGAGAAGGGGAGACAUCUCCGGAAGUUGAAAACGAUGAUUGUGUAACUGUUACCGAACAAACUGUCUUUGACCACAUACGGGAAAAGGCCAAGAAGUUCCCUGUCUUGACUACAGCAAAUAAUGCUUGUUCUCCAUCACCCAAGGCAUUUCUUCUCACAAUGAAACGCCCUUAUGACAAGCACCUUGAACUUCAUGACGAACUAAAUGAUCUUGAUGGCGAUGGAGGCAGGUUUCUGCAACAGGCUGUGAACAAUUCAUCUUCAGAAACCAUAGAGGCAGAGCAAAUUGAACCGGUUAUCAGGAACUCUUCUAGUCCGAUGCCCAAUACUAAUGCCACAUUCUCAGGUGAAGAAAAAAUAUUUGAUCACAUUCGGAAGAAGGCUAAGAAUUUUCCGGCUUUAAGCACAUUGAUGACCUGGGACUGGGAGUCUCAGUAUUUAAAUGAGGGGAAGGAACACGAUUCCAAGCAUCUGCCUGACACUCACAUUUCUGAUUUUGAUGAAUCCAAGGAAAUAAGUGCUAGUGAAUUUCUGACAGAUACAAUAGUAAAUUCGGAUUUUGGACCCUCAGAGCCAGACAGAGAUGCAUUUGGUAUCAAGGCAAGAACAAAGGCAAAGGAAAAUGUGGUGUCGGGAAGUUACAAGGAAACACCUAGGACGUCAAAUCUUCCCCCAAAAGUUUCAAGGACUAAUGUUGAUUUUUCAUCUAUGAAAAUUCUCUCUUACGAUAUUUCCAUGAUGAAGAGCAACACUAAUUUAGCUGAUUCCGGAAGAUCUGUGGAGGAUAGCAGGAAGCAGAAAUCUUCUCCAAGUGCAUCAAAGAGGCAAUGCUGUUCAUUAACCAUGGCAAGCGAAACAAGGGGAGAAGGUCCAUUUCUUGGGUUCAAGAGCAUCUUCUCUUUUCUUUAACGUCUGAGCUCCCAAAGUGUGAGAGAUUUGUACAAAAAUGUGCUACCUAACAUUUGAGACUGGCCACUAGUUUUCACUCAGUCUGUCUGUUCUUUUGAGGUUGAGCUCUUCACGUGAUUCAUUAUAGGUAGAAUAGAAGAUGCUUACAAAUGGCAUUACUGA